UUGGUGUGACGUAUACCGGGUUGCGUGUUCUCAAUUAAUCAUCAGUAAAUCAUUCGAAUGGUUUACACAUGGGCACACCGCCUGAUCUGGAAACAAAUCCAGCAUGCACUGUUCGGAUAGGGUAGCUAAAGACUCCUUUUCUCCUGGAUGUCUCACUUCUGCGGUGUUUUUUAACUACUCCUCCGGUUAUCUGGCAGCCAGCCAUUUCUCCCAGUUGGACGCUAUUACAGUAGGUAGGCGCUUGAGAAUCCUGCAGGCGCAGAGAGGAGUUGCGUUUCACGCUUUGGCUUCAUGGCUCAGCGGUCUGCUCACCUUGUCCCCAUCGCGCUGCUGGUGUUUGGACUUGCCGGAAUCCUGCUCCUUACUAUUUCCACCGAGAAUGUUCAGGAGGAACCUGAGCUCAGGUAUGGGAUUGUCCUGGAUGCUGGAUCCUCACACACAUCUUUAUACAUAUACAAGUGGCCAGCAAAUAAGCAAAAUGGCACAGCCGUGGUCACCCAGCAUAGCAAAUGUCAUGCUGAGGGUGAAGGAAUUGCAAGUUAUGCAGGUCAACCGGGAGCAGCAGGGCAAAGCUUAGAAGCAUGUCUGGAUCACGCAGUGAAGAGCAUCGCAAAAGACAAGCACCAGCUCACACCUGUGUACCUGGGAGCCACAGCCGGCAUGAGGCUUCUGCAUUUAUCUAGUCCAGAGCUGUCCACUCAGAUUCUGAAGGAAGUGGGACAAAAAAUCCAGUCCUACCCUUUCGACUACCGGGGAGCAGCCAUACUGAGUGGCAAAGAAGAGGGGGCAUAUGGAUGGGUCACAGUUAACUAUCUCUCAGAGAACUUUAUUAAGUAUGGCUUUGAGGGGCACUGGUUCAGCCCCAGCAGACCGACAGUGGGAGCUCUCGAUCUGGGCGGCGCGUCCACGCAAAUAACAUUUGCUACUCAGGAAAAAAUUGAGAACAAAGACGAUCUGAUGAAGCUGCGCCUUUAUGGUCAUGAGUAUACUCUGUACACACACAGCUUCCUGUGCUAUGGGAAGGACCAGUUCCUCAUGACACUGCUGGCUCAUAUAAUGAAGUCUCAGGGUUACCCUCAGUCUGUCACUCACCCCUGCUAUCCUGCAGACCACAGCAGGACGGUGAAGCUCAGCAGUAUACUCGACUCUCCAUGUACAGUAAAGUACAAACCCAGCUCCUACGACCCUCAUGCUUCUGUGACAGUACAUGGCAGCGGACACUAUGAAUACUGUCUGGGUAACGUGUCUGAAGUCUUCUCCUUCAACAGCUGUCCCUUCUCCCAGUGCUCAUUUGACAAAGUCUUCCAACCAAAUGUCACCGGAGGUUUCAUGGCUUUCUCUGCUUUCUUCUAUGUUCACUCAUUCCUUCAACAAGUCACUGGCAUAACUGCUAGCUCUCCUUCGGAACUACAGGAUGUGACCAAAAAAGUGUGCAGCAUGAGUUUCACCCAAAUGAUGCUUCUCGCUCCAGAGCAAAAGUCCCGUUUGCAUUACUACUGUGCUGCCUCUGUGUUUCUCAAUACUCUCAUGUUGAGAGGAUAUGGCUUCAAUGACACAACAUUCCCACACAUUUCUUUCCAGAAGAAGGUUGCUGACACCAUGGUGGGUUGGGCUCUGGGCUACAUGCUGAGUUUAAGCAAUUUGUUGCCAGCAGAGCAACUGGAGCUGAGAAAGGCCCUGACCCCAGGAGUGUGGGGAUCCCUCAUCUUUCUUUUUGUCAUGCUCCUUGCCGCAGUGCUUUCCUUCUGCUUAUUUAGAGUUUAUAAUGGACAGAAUAAGGAAAGAGGCAGUGAAAGCACAAUUUAGCUAAGAAAUGAUGUCAGGGUUUUGUUUUUUUGGGGGGUUUUGUUUUGCUCUGAACACUGACCCGACAAGGAAGAUUUGGGGCAAGAUUUAAGUUUUAAUUUAAGCAUAUUCUCUGUUAUAUAAUACCAUAGUUUGCUUUUGAAAAUUUUUUUACACCAAUUGACUUAUUUUUAACUAGUGCUAAAUGUAAACUGUGGUUUGUUCAUUGACUGCAAAAGUUUUAACAUGACAUACAAAAUGUUUUGACUUUAACAUGUUUAUACAGUUUGCUGCUUUAACCUAUAAUUCAGUGGUAUGUAUAAAAUGAGUGAAACCACUGCAUUAACUUGCUGUGAAUGUAAACUACUUUAAAGCUGACAGUGAGUACUCUGACUGUAGUUUGAAAAACAAUGCCAACGUGAAAGUGCCUUAAAAGUGCAUCUUUUUUAAUGGCCAGCAGGUGGCAACUCGCUCAAAAACACUGGAAGUCUACUGGAAAAUGGCCCCCGGCUUCCUUUACUCUGACCUCAGCGAACCCAGUUUUUGAUGCAAGUUUCAAGUCAUGCUGAAUAAAAUAUUAAAUGCA